CUGACACUGGGCACCCCGUUUGAAACGCGAAUAAAUAAAAGGGCAUGUUCUAGUUCAUUCUGUGGAAGCUGCAAAAACUCCGGAUUCUGAAACAACUACGUUUGCCGUUGCCAGCGUCAAGAAUGCAAGGAAAUUGUUUUGCAGAAGCAGCUGGCUCAUAGGCACCACCAAUAUUCAGGUUUCAUUGCAAUACGUGAUGCACGGGAAGAUCCCAAUUGCUCCAAAAUUUUCCAGAGCGGGCAGCAUUUCAGUUUCAUGAUGUUGCCGUGACUGUAGCCUGCAAACAUGACGGCAUGAGUUAGUGAGAGAGAGGUUUUCUAUUUUUUGGCGCAUUGGCCUCAUGAUCUUGGAUGUGCGUUUGAGUGCAAUCGGCAAGGCCACAGAAGUGCAGCUCAACACACUGCGACGGAAAUUGGGAGUUGGCUGCGAUCCUUGCUAUGAUUAUUCUGGACGGCAGGAGGUGCAGAGGAGUGCCGAGGACAAUGAAGAAAACAUUUGUUCCCCGGAAGACUUGCACCAAGACAGAGUUCUUGGGUUUUCUGAUUUGCUGAGGCAGGUGAACAUGGCCAAGUCAGAAACACUUGAAAUGCGCCAUGUUUCAGAAGACAUUCCGCACAAAGCCGGAUAUGACCGCAAGAACCAUGAAGAAAAGCGUCCAUCAAGUGCAUUCCGAAGUUGCGGCCGUGAUCUGCAGAAACAUUGCCAAAAGGCCCAAGGGCCAACAGUUGGCUCAUAUAGCCCAAAAGCCGAAUGUUUGGCAAGUUUGGGCAGGGUAAAACAUCCAACACCAAAAGUGCCGGAUUUCAAGGCCUAUUUGUCUCAUUUAACAUCACCCGCGCCCUAUGAAAACAUAGAGCAUGAAGAUCAGUUGCUCAGUGUGGACAAUCAAGGCUCCAUGCGCCAGAUGACCUUUGUGAACAUGGCCAAGCAGACCCCAAGGCCCGCGAUGAGCACUCUGCCGCCAAAUGACCCGGAAGCUCUUGACCCUAAAGGUGUGCUGGACGGGCAUCUGAAGUGUGCUCGGUUUGGCCAUUUCUACCGUCAACCCUGUUUUGAGUUUGGAAAGUUUGGUCGAAGAGAGCUGGCUGCACCGGGGGGGAAUGCAAGUCUUGGAGAUUAUGACGUCAAACUUCAUACAGUAAAGCCUGGCAUUCGGUGUCAUAGUUUCAGUUCUAUUCCCAGGGCAGAUUUUGCGUCAAAGCGCAUCACAGAUCAUCUACCAGAUCGUUCUUUGGCACGGGACUGCGGAUGCUUGACUAGGUUUGGAAAACUAGUUUCACCUCCUGUGACAGUACCUAAAUUUGAUAGGCCUAAGAGGCCUCAAAAGCCUGUACCCAUGAUAGCCGAACAUAAAACUGAUGAAGGCACACUGGGCGUCGAACGUCAGUGGGCCUGGCCAUCAAGGGAGGCGCCCAAGGCGCUAGGCAUCAGUGUGAACCAUGAGAGCAACACAUUUGGACAAGGAUCCCUAGCCCAACUUCGCCCGACUUCAGCUCCAGCUCGUUGACGCUGCUGUCGGCGCACCAAGUUUGUGACCACUUGUUUCACCUUUUGUUCCACCUGAAGAAUGGCGACAAAUCUCCAACAUCUUCAGACAGCUUUGUGUACAAAUGCGCCAAUUCCAAGUUCAUUGCUGCCCACCUUUGAAACCUCAUGGGUGGCGAGAAUGGGAACUGCCUAAACCAGCAGUAGUGAUGCAAGACACAAUUGCUGGGUCACUGUUCUCGCUGAUUGCUAGCGGGGAAAUGUU